UUUUCACAUGCUCACAAUAAAGCAUGUGCUGCAGUGUGUGAGCGCAUCCUGGUGUGUGGUCUGCAUUCAUAAACCUAUGGAAUCUGAUCACACAUUUACUGACGGCUUUUUAUGAGGUAUGUCAAGCAAGCCAGAGACUCUUUUGAAUGUCCUUUAGAACUUUUCAAAGUAAAAGGUCUCAAUAAAGUCGACAUAAAGCAUUGCUGCAAAAAAAGUUCUCACGCUUUUAUUUUGGAAGCACGUUCACUUAAGAGGAAAUGAUUAUGGGAGUAACUGUACCUGUCAUGAUAGAUCUAUUUCAGCACCCAGCCACUAUCAAUUUAUUUGUGUUUAUUUUUCUGCUAUCAAAGCGCCUAUUGCCGACCACUGCUCUAUUCAAUAGUGCAGCAACAAUGUGAUGUGGGCUGAAAAACUGGGGAAACAGUUGGGCAAUCCGACACGAUCAGUAACUGGGUGGCUGGUCAGUAAACUGCUCACAUCGCACAACCGGGUCCUCGAAGAGAGUGCUGUGCAGCUGAGUGGGAUCCAACCUGGGGACACAGUGCUGGAGCUGGGUCAUGGCCCAGGACUUGGUCUGCAGUCAGCAGUCAAACUACUCACAGAGCCCACAGGUCACCUUAUAGGUGUGGAUUACUCAGAGUACAUGCACCAGAUGGCAAGUGAGCAACUGAAAGAAUUUUUGGCCAGUGGGAAAGUGACCCUACAUCACUGUGAUGUCGCAGCAAUGCCUCUGGCAGACAGCUCUGUGGAUAAAGUCUUUCAUUGUAACUGCUACUACUUCUGGCCUGACCUCAGGAAGGGAGCCACAGAGAUACACCGGGUAAUGAAACCAGGAGGGCUGAUGGUGACCACGCUGAGGCUGUUCCGUGUGGCUACUUUUGCAGCAAAGCGAGUGAUACCAGGAGAGAACUGGCGCCCGCAGGCCUACAUGGCAGCUCUGAGAGACUCUGGCUUCACUGAUGUCAGAAUGGAAGACAGACAACACAAACACAUUGUUUUUCAGGCUAUCUUUGCCACUGCUGGAAAAUAAGACUGAAAUGAAACCGCAAAUGAGAAAUUGUGUGUAUUUUAAAUGCUUAAAUGAAAACAAAUCAAACACAGAAAUUAAGUAAAAUACAAUACACAUUGUUGGUUGUAUUUGCAUUUUAUGCAUUGAUUGUGUUAAUUGUUUUAAAUAACUACAUUGUUUUUCAUUUGUGACACGGAUUUUCCAAACCACAUCAAAAUCAAAUCACAACACAGAAAAUUAAAUGAAAAUAUGUAAGUCAUAUCAGUGUGUAUUGUAUUUCUGUGUUUGAUUUAAUUUCCUUCCCUAAAAUCUUCCAUACCUCUCAGCUGAACCACACUGUAGAGCUGCCUUGUUGACCAUUUCCUUGAUACAGAGGGGUCUUAGACUAGACUAGACACUACCCUAUAUUUGAUUAAACUGUAAAGCUGUUUGAUAUGAUUGACAUUAAAUAAGGAUAUGCUGUUCAUUUCUGUUUGACAAGCUGCUGGCUCCAGAUAUCAAGUAACUGUCACAAAAGUUAAAAAAAAAAACUACAAUAAUUUAUCUUGAAGGAAAUUAUUCAUAUACAUAGUUAAAUAACUAUGUAUUGCAUAAGUUAUACUGUACAAAGGCUAUGUAGUGAAAGUGUACAUACAGGCUAAUAUAAAUUUGUUUAAAAAAUAAAUAAAUAGAGCUCCAUA